AUGAGCAGCCCUGAGCUAUUUCCAUUGACAGAACAUAGCCUAUUAAGGCAAAGAUUUGUCGAACAAUGGGUGGCCGUGGCCAGUUGGAUAUUCCACUGUCCACCGUCCACAAUCUUGGUGCAUAAAAGGAACGGGUCUCCGAGGCUGAACACCAUCCUCCUCUUAUCCCCCAAGCGUCAACAUCCUCUACGCCUUAGACUCACAAAAAUCGACAUGGCUUCUCAACAAGUUCAAGGACCAUCCGGGUUUCAGCCUGUCACCAAAAUAUGGGCCGUAGGCUUACAAUGGCAAGAGGGUGAUAUGUGCUCAAUAAUGAGGAAUGCUAAGAGCAAGGUCGAGGUAUAUGUAUGCCUUUUUACCCAUGUCUCUAACCCACGUAACUCGGUUGAUAACACUGUCUACUGGAGACGCUUCCAUGGAAAUGGGAGCGCCUAA